CCAAGUCUACAGAAGCCGAACAGCUGCGGAUCGACGAUCCAACCUCGACGGUGGAUGCCAUUAUCCACCGCCAUUAAGCCGUCGACGGCCUCGUCCUGCCCUCCGAUCCAUUGUCUUCUUCACUUCCUCUUUUCCCCCCUCUCGCCAGCGGCAUGGACGUGGACAUGGUGAUCGACUCUGCUCCCAACGGCGAUGCCUCCUCCGGCGCCGCAUCCGCCGUCGUUCCUCCCGCCCCCACGGCCCCUGCCGCCCCUGCCGCGUCGGCGCCCCCGCCAUCCACCGCCCGCUUUGCCCAGGUCUCUGAGUCUCUCAGACUGGAGCACCAGUUCGCUAGGGUCCCCUUGGAGCACCUCAAGAAGACGAUACGGACCAAUUACCGCCUUGCCGAGAAGGAGGUCGCCGCCGUGAUCUCGAGCGUCGCCGAGGCCGCCGACCGCCACGACGCCGUGUCGAGGGAUGACGCCCUGACCCAACUCAGCUCCCUCGUUUCCCGCCUCCAGGGCCUCAAGCGCAAGCUGGAAGAAGGGAGCAGGGCGGAGAAUCUGCAGACCCAGAGGUGCCGGGCUCGGCUGGAGCAUUUGGAUUCGGCGGCCAAUACCGAUAAGUUGGCUGAAUGGAAGGAUGUCAGAUUGAGGCGGAUACUUGUUGAUUAUAUGCUUCGUAUGUCAUACUAUGAUACUGCAAAGAAUCUUGCAGAGACCAGCAAGAUUCAGGAACUUGUUGAUAUUGAUGUCUUUCUUGAGGCAAAAAGAGUUAUUGAUUCUCUUCAGAACAAAGAGGUGGCUCCUGCUUUAGUAUGGUGUGCAGAGAACAAAUCCAGGUUGAAGAGGUCUAAGAGUAAACUUGAGUUUCAAUUGAGGCUUCAGGAAUUUAUAGAGCUGGUUAGAGCUGAUGAAAACUUGCGGGCCAUUUCAUACGCCCGAAAAUAUCUUGCACCUUGGGGAGCUACUUAUAUGAAGGAACUGCAGCGGGUUGUAGCAACCUUGGCUUUUAGGCAUGAUACUGAAUGUACAACUUACAAGGUGUUAUUUGAGCCAACCCAAUGGGAUUAUCUAGUCGAGCAGUUCAAGCAGGAAUUCUGUAGAUUGUUUGGCAUGACUAAUGAACCUUUAUUGAAUGUCUAUCUCCAAGCAGGCUUAACCGCCCUCAAGACUCCACUUUGUUACAAAGAGUCUUGCAGCAAGGAAGAUCCACUGUCACAAGAAGGCUUCCGCAAAUUAGCAGAACCACUACCAUUUUCAAAACUGCACCACUCUAAGCUAGUGUGCUACAUAACUAAGGAGUUGAUGGAUCAUGAGAACCCACCACUUGUGUUACCCAAUGGGUAUGUCUACAGCACUAAGGCUCUCGAAGAAAUGGCCAACAAAAACGACGGCAAAAUAACAUGUCCAAGAACUGGUGAGGUCUGCAACUUCACUGAACUUGUAAAGGCAUAUAUUUCAUGAAUCUGGCUUCCAGUAAUUUCACACUGGAAUCAGUAGUUUCCUGGUUACGUUGCCCUUGUAAAGAUUAUCAAAGUUGGUUUGCUUGUUAUGGCCAACUGGCAACGUAGUGAAACUAGGUUACAACAAAACUGUGAUAACAUGUAUGCAAUUUAACAUUUGUGCAAUAUCUACUUUACACUACAGUUCUUUAA